GGGGGGUGGGAGUCGGAGUCUGCGUGCGACUCAACCCGGGGUCCCAACUUAGACUUGGCGACUCUCGAAACCACUUCCAAGUCCCCGUGCUCCACCAUGUCGGCCGCCGACUACAAACCCGGGGACCUCAUCUUCGCCAAGAUGAAGGGAUACCCGCACUGGCCGGCCAGGGUAAACCAUCUUCCGGAGGGCGCGGGCAAGGCGCCGACUCACAAGCUCCCCAUCUUCUUCUUCGGCACUCACGAGACGGGCUUCCUGUGCAGCAAGGACGUGUUCCCGUACCGCAAGCACAAGCUCAAGUACGCGGUGCCCUGCAAGCGCAAGGGCUUCAACGAGGGCCUGUGGGAGAUCGAGAAUAAUCCCAUGGUGCAGUUCAGGACCCACGCGCCACAGGACUCUGCGGACGCGGCCCGCGGUGCCAUGGAGGAAACCAAGAAGGAAAACAAAGAGGGCAGCAGCACCGACGAGGAGAAGGAGGUGGAGGUGGACGAGGAGGAGGAGGAGGGGAGGCUCGUGAUUGACGAGGGCAGGCCGGGCGCACGGCGCAAGCGGAGCACGCAAGCCGCGACGGUAGGGAGGCGAGCGGCGCACAAGGCCGGAGCGGGUGCCAAGGUGGAGGCGGGGGGCGGCUCGGGGUCAGAGGUCACCGAGGACAAACGUCCAGCGACGCCGCCCACGCAGCCCGACUCUCUGCAGAGGAAGCGGAGGAAGAGGGCCCAGGGCGAGGAGUGGCCGGCAGAUGCCCGCUCGAGAAGGAAGGGGUCGGAGGACGCAGCAACAACAACAGCAGCAACAGCAGCAGCAGCAACAGCCAGUCCUCCCAGGAAGGGCCCCAAGAAAAAAAAAGUCGAGGAGGAGGAGGAGGAGGUGCAGAAGGCCGUGACCAAGAAACCUCACAAAACCAAGCAGCCCUCGGGGACCAACAGUGAGCCGAGCGGUGCCGACGAGGCCCCUCCGGAGAAGCGCCGGCGCCGGAGGCAGGCGGAGGCGGUGGUGGCGGUGGAGGUCGGCGUGGCCCGCGAGCGCCGGCGCAGGGCAGGCCGCGGCGACGGCGACGCCGUCAAGGAAGGGAGCGUCGUCGGCGGUGCCGACGCCGACGGGAGCCAGGCCCGCCGCAAGGAGCGCAAGGUCGAGCGUGGCAAAGACAAGGCUCCGCAGGCCGAGGCCCCGGCGGCAGGCGGCGCCCGCAAGCGCAAGCGCGGCUCCGAUUCGGAGACCACAGACGCCAAACCGGAAAAGCUGAAGCACGCAGAGAAGGGCGGCCGCAAACAUGUGGAGAUGGACCCAGACCCGGAGCCGCCCAAGAAAGGCCGCAGGGCCGAGGAGCGGGCCAAGGAGGCCAGGCUGACUGACAGCGACGCGAAGGAAUCCGCGGAGGAGCAGACGUCCCAGGACGACGAGAAGGCGGAGCUGCAAGCCGACGCCAAGGUGCAGAAGCUCGUCAACGACAUCAAGCUCGCUCUCAAGCUCAACAGCCCGGACACCAAGCGGUGUCUCGAGUACUUGGAUGAGCUGAACUCGCUGCAGCUCAGCCUACAGCACCUGCAGAAGCACACGGAGGUGGUGGCCAUGCUGCGCAAGAUCCGCAACUACCGCGCCAGCGAGGACGUGAUGCACAAGGCCGCCAUGAUCUACCACAAGUUCAAGUCCAUGUUCCUGGCGGAGGAGGAUGGCAGCUCCCCCAUCUACGCCCCCCACAGCCCCCCACCGCCAGCCCCCGCCCCCCCUAGCACCCCCGCCGCGGACGAGGCCCCCCACCCCACGCCCGCCAGUAACGACAAACAACAGUCGCGGCCUACGGCGCGGGAGGCGCGGGGCGGGCGCGGCGACCGUAGAGGGAAGGGCCGGAGGGGCCACGGCAGGGCCUGGGGCGAGCGGCGAGGUCCGGCGCCCAGGGACGUCGAAAACGGAGAUGGAGCGGCGGACGGAGCGGAGGAGACGCGGCUCGGAGAGAGGUGUGCGCGAGUUUGGGUGGCGCUGGCGGAGUCCGUGAGGGGCCCGGACGUGAUCUCGCACCUUCGUCACCACCCCAGUGCGCUGGCGGACGAUGGCACGGGGACCCAGCCCGGGGUCAAAGACGCCACGGAGGGAGGAGCGACGCAAGCCUGAGCUGCCACCUUGACCCUUUACCCUUGACCCUGACCCCACGAGAAGCACUUGCAGUUCUGCAGCACCCUGUACACUCUCACCCCGUCACCCUUGACUCACCUUGUGACCCCUACACACACCCUGCACUCAGACCCUCACCCAGCCCCCUUGUACCCUCACCCUCGACGAUCUCCUGGCACUUACGCCCCGCACCCCGCACUCGCCGCACCCUCACCGCGUCCGCGCCACCUCCGGGGCACGCGUAACGAUUCCCCUGCUCGUGGCUCCGAGCGCGCGCUCGAGGAGAAGCGACCAGCACCCUCGCGGUAACCCUGGGGCUCUCGGGGUCGCAGGGGCCGGGGGCGGGGGAACCGCCGAACCCUACAAACGAGCUCAAAGCGCGGGGACGUUGUCGCGAACGGGCCGGGUCGACGAGAAACUCGUCCGUCCAGUGAACGGAGGCCUUGAGCCGUGCGCGUUUGUGGGGUCCACCGCUGUCGGGGGUGGCUUCGUUCGUCGCGUGCCUUGUACCGUGGCCUGCGUGGUGCCGCCACCCUGCGUGCUGCCACCCUGCGUGCCGCCACCCUGCGUGCCGCCACCCUGCGUGCCGCCACCCUGCGUGCCGCCACCCUGCGUGCCGCCACCCUGCGUGCUGCCACCCUGCGUGCCGCCACCCUGCGUGCUGCCACCCUGCGUGCCGCCACCCUGCGUGCCGCCACCCUGCGGCCCCCGUGGCUCGACGCCGUCCGCACUGCGCCCUCCUGCUCGGUGCAGACGGCGCGGCGUGGAAUCCGCGAGCCGCGCUGGAAAUCGCUCGGGGGAAGGAAUUAUUGACGUGACACCGACGGUGCAAUUAGAGUAACAUUGGAAAUAAAUACGCCAAAUAUAAAAAAAACUGGGCCGGUUGCGUAACAUGUUAAGUAUUAUUGAACCUAUUUACAUGAUAAAGGGACGUUAAUUUUAUUAUCUAUGUAACCCCAGCCCCUGACCUCACUGCGAGCAAAAUGAAAUGACAGGUCAUGCUGGCGUUGGUGGUGAUGGUGUAGAGAAUUUCAGCAGAACCUCCAUCUCUGCCUCAUAGACCUGGUCAAGGCCUAUGAUGGCAUCAAUAGAGCAGGGCUCUGGGUUUUUCAUGCUUUCAGGGUCCCUGACUGCUCACAAUCAUUAAGGACCUGGAUAAAGCUGCGUGUCGGAGCCAUUCCCUAUUCAACUUGGGGUGCGACAGAGAUGUACUCUGGCCCCUACACUAUUUAACAUAUUUUUAAACAUAGUUCGAUAAGCUUUUCAUGGCUAUACCAGAGGAAUUCGUGUCUGGCACAGGAUACAAUGGGAGCCUGAUUGAUAGCCGGUGUUGUCAAGGGAUGGCUCCCUUCCGGUCAACCAUGUUGCGUACGCUGAUGAUCUGGUAAUUCCUGCUCACUCUUGAGUUGGAGACACCACUGCUGAACGUGGGAGCCCCACAAAAUAGAGCACCUGCCUGGGUGUUUUAUGUUGGUUUCAUACCCCCACCCCUCAACUCACCAUGAGUACUGGGGCAGUUGUGGAGAAGUUCCUGUACCUGGGCAGUGUCAUUACCAACUCUGGUUUGGCAGCAGAGGUCUCCAAAUCAGUCGAGUGGCAUUGUCUUGUCAUCAGCUCUAAUGCUGUGUGGAAGCUGCCUGGCCUUUAGCACCAUACGAAGCUCCGUAUCUUAAAUUUAGAUUUAAAGCUUUCAUGACUGCAGGGAUUCAUCUUCUUGGUUCUUUCGGUAAAGUCACAUAGAAGGGAAAUA